AUGGCAGAUCCAUACCAAUGGCGCGAGUCGGUCCUGUCAACGCGUAGUCUUUCCUAUGUCAGCACCCUGGACGCCCUCGAAGCCGCCGUCAGACCCUCAACCCUACGCAAAAACACUCUUACCUCAAUAUCCUCAUCCUACGCCGACGAAGAUGACUUCCACGAUGCCCUCACUCAAGUCCCUUCAACCGAUAAUCUCCCUCCCUCCGUAUCCUCAAGCCCUCUGUUCCGCCUACCACGCGAUCUACGUCUGCAGAUCUACUCGUACCUCCUCACGAGCAGCCAAAACAUCCUCUGGCCUGUAGAAUACCAAUCCCACAAUUUGAGUCCACAACUCCUGCGCACUUGUCGCUCCAUCUACGAAGAGGCAGCACACGUGCUCUACCAAACAAACACCCUCGCUUUCGCCCAUCCUAGCGAUGCAAACAUGUUCGCUCACGCAUUGAGUAACCGCUCAUUUGCAUCUCUCAUACCCCACGUCACUCUCCGUAUCCGCAGCAACGAUACUCGUCUCUGGACCGCCUGGUUCAAUACAAAGGCUCAGGAAAGAAGUCUCGUGUACGACUUGCCUGGACUACGGCAGUUGACUAUCCGCUAUCGGGGACCUAGAUGGCAACCCAGCCUGAACGAGAAGGCGAAUGCGGAUUUGUGGCUCAAAGAUCCAAAGCUGCAGGAGAUCAUACUGUCAGUGAGAAAGUGUGUUGGAGAGGUCAGGUUGCUCUUAUGUGUCAGGUUGCCUGAUGAGGUGGCUGAUGAGAUUGCAAGAGGGCUGGGACAGAGUGAAGAAGGAGAAGAGAGGAUACCGCAUGUCAUGUUCAGGAGGUGGGUAUGGUUGAACGGUUGUCACAUCCGUGUUGAACCUCUAGGCAAAGAUGACGAUGUAUGA